AUGGCAACGCCCUCCACGAAGGACAACUUGGCUCCUCAACCGGAAUUUGGUAAGAUCCUGUUCAACAAGCCGUGCAGUACGUGCCGCCGCCGCAAAGUGAAAUGCGACAGGCAACUGCCAUGUGGAACUUGCGGUAAGAACGGCACGGCCGCAACCUGCACUUACGAUGUUCCGCGAGAGGGCACCCCCGAGAGCCAGCAGCGGCUCCAGGAGAGGGUGGCGCGUCUCGAGAGAGAGAUUGAGGAGCUGAAAGGGAUGGCUGCACGCGGUGAACCGUUAAGGCCUCCGAAGAUUCCCCUGCUAUCGACAACUCCAUCAAGCUUCAGCGAGUACAACAGCAUCGAAGAGUCCAUGGCUGGCGACCCCGGAAUCCAAGUUGACGACGAAAACGUGUCUUUCUAUCUCGGACCGAAUUAUUGGCUCAACAUCCAAGAGUAUAACUACGAACCUCGCCAUCUCUACCGUAUCGAGUCCGACAAGACCGGCAAGAAUCCGGAUAGUCCUACUGCUUGGCCAAUUGGUAGGAACCCAGCAUUGCCGGAUAUGUCCCAUUUCCACCUCGAUCCGGGAAAAGAAGACAUCUUGACCGACCUCUUUUUUGCACAUGUCGAGCCGUUUAUCCGGAUGUCCCACAAUGCUUACUGGAGACAGCAAAUCACGGAUUUCCGAGUUGGUGUCAGCAAGAUUCCGGUGGACGUAGAAGCGGCGAUGUUUACUACUCAGGCGUUGACUGUAGCCGCGUUACCCGCAGUCGUGGUCCAAGAGAAGCUUGGGAAGGCAAAAGAAGACGUUCUGCGGUACCUGCAGGAGGCUUCGCAACUCGCAUUAGAGCGGGCAGAUAUUCUGCGCAGCAGGAAACUCCUUGCAUUCAUCGCGUUGCUUUACCAUAUCCAAAUGAAAUUUAUUACGGGUGAUGGAGAAAUUGCCGUCUCUCUCCUUGGCUUGGCUGGUCGUUUUGGGACUCGAAUAGGGCUGCAUCGCGACCCAGGUCAUUAUCCGACAUACACACCGUGGGUCACAAACAUGCGACGACGGAUAUGGGGGCAUUUUGAGCUCUUGGACAAUCCAGUGUACAACCUCGAAGGAGCUGAUUCUGGACUGCCAUUUAUCUCCGAUACGCAGUCUGCAACGAACGCAAACGACAGUCAGUGGGUUCCUACUAGGUUCGCCAAACCCAGCUCUGCCCCAUCAGAUCAAGAGGGAAUUACAGAUAUGUCCUUUGUUCUGGUGCGUCAGUGCUUGAUGAAGACCAUGCAGUCCAUCGCACGAAGGAGGACCGGUUCCAGUCCAGAAGAGCUCGGCAGAAUUGUUGAGCAGACGGAGAAUUUCUUGACGACCAAGUUCAUGAGUCAUGUCAUUGCCGCAAAUCCGAGCCAUGCGAUCAUGCUCUCGUACUACAAGAGCUCAAUGAAGAGCAUGAGACUUCUGAUCCAUCAACUUCACGCACAGCGUACGUUUGGCCCGGAGCCCGAUUAUCGGGCGAAGUACUACCAGGAAUGUGUCGAAAUCCUAGAAGAGAUGGAGCGUGGAGAAAACAUCGCACUGCAGAACCACUGGGGCUGGCUUUACCGAUGGCCAACAACGCCCUGUUUGAUCUACAAUGUACUCAUUGGCCUGCGCGAUCAAUCAAAUCACCCAAUUACGGACCGAGCCUGGCGGCAAAUCAACGUGGUGUUCCGGAGGCACAACAACGAAGACAUUAGCAUGCGCAAAUUUGCUGCUUGGCGAGUUAUCGAGGAGCUCUGUGAGGAGGCGAUUCACUAUCACAAGCAACGAACUCACCAGGGAGCAUGGUACACGCACAGGCUUGACGCAUUAGGGCCAACAAGUACAGCAAAAGGAAAGGAAACACUGUCGCUGGAGAACGCGACGGUUGAUGAUAUUCUAGGGGACGUACGGAUGUUUGGGCAGCCGAGUGCAUCCCACACAGCCGUCAUGGGUGGUCCAGGCUACUUUGCGGCCCAACCAGUUCUGCAACCUAUGAGCUUUACAUCCUGGGGCCAACCCCCUCAGGCUACUGUUCCGUCACAAUAUCCCACAAACGCGGAUUCUGACGACGAGGAAGAGGACGACGACGAUGAUGAAGAGAUGUAA